CACCAUAACUACACAUUUCUCUUCUUAUUCUUUAUUGCUUAUAGCUUCUGAGCACCAAUGGAUCCAUAUCAUAAUAAUCUCCUCUUUGUGUACUUUCUCCUUCUUUGCUUAGCCGCGAAUGAAAUAGCUGGAUAUGCAACGGUCACUGGCUCGGUGUUUUGUGACCAAUGCAAGGAUGGAGAGAGAUCUUUGUUUGAUUUUCCUGUCUCUGGGGUCAAGGUUAGUGUCACAUGUUCUGAUGGGAAUGGACAGGUUUAUAUGUCAAGAGAAGAGACUACUAAUUGGCUUGGAGGUUAUGUGAUGAGAUUUGAUGGGACACCGGAUCUGAGUAACUGUUAUGCUCAGGUUUCAAACAAUGGAGCUCAACAAGACCCAAAUAGUUGCAGCAUUGCUUCUGGUCCUGCUCAGAAACUUAAACUAUUGUUCAGCUUUUUUGGGAUUGAAACGUUUGCUACGGAUGCACUUCUUGCUCAGCCACUACAGCCCAGGUCAUUUUGUCCUAAACCACCCGCAGCUCCGGUCAUGCCUCCUCCUCAAGUCCCGGUCAUGCCUCCUCCUCAGGUGCCGGUAAAGCCUCCUCAGGUCCCGGUCGUAAGUCCUCCUCCACCUACAUUGCCUCCUCCUCAGAUCCCAGUCAUAAGUCUUCCUCCAGUUACAUCACCUCCUCAGUUUAAGCUUCCACCUUUGCCUCCAAUCCCUCCAAUACCAUUUGUAGAGCCAUCAGCUUGUUCUCACCAGUUAUGGAUGAAGCCUGAGUACAGAUGCUACUGGAGAGCAAUAGGCCCAGACACAAAGGUCGCGGUUGCAUUCGGGCUAAUAGCCGGAAGGAGAUACGGCACUGAUAUGACGGUAAGGGAAGCGCUUGACGGUCGAGGAGAAGCCUAUAAGACACUCCUAAGAGAGGCAACAACUGCAUUACUCAAUUCAUACAACUCUCUUGGGUUUCCUUACAAUACCAUCUCUGUAAUCACACAUACCAAUUUGGCUCUCCUCGGGAACUCGCAGCAUGAUGUUCUCAUGACCGCUAUUCAUUUCAUGAAGGCUAAUUCCGGGACCUGCAAAUUCACAGUCUGCAAUUGAUUGUGUGUUUUUCUUACUUACAUAGUCUACACUCUCUUCUUCUUCUUUGUUCAUUGUUCUUGGGUACUUAUGUAAUACUAUAAAAGUCUAUACUUGAAUUCAUUGGAGAAUUUAUGGACCACUAUUAUAGUCCCUACAUCUAACGU